GCGCCCGUGAGCUGCUAAUGGGCUUCGCCGAGGUCCAACGUCACUUCUGGCAGCGGCGAAUGAAAUGGCGAGCGUCGGCGGAGGUGGCGGCGGCGCGGGCAAGAUGGCGGACAAGGAGAAGAAGAAGAAGGAGAGUAUUUUGGACCUCUCCAAGUACAUCGACAAAACAAUCCGAGUGAAAUUCCAAGGUGGGAGAGAAGCAAGUGGUGUCUUGAAAGGAUUUGACCCUCUUCUGAACCUUGUGCUAGACGGUACCAUUGAAUAUAUGCGAGAUCCAGAUGAUCAAUACAAAUUAACAGAAGACACACGUCAGCUGGGACUUGUGGUCUGCAGAGGGACUUCUGUCGUUCUUAUUUGUCCUCAGGAUGGAAUGGAAGCUAUUCCAAACCCUUUCAUUCAGCAGCAAGAUGGCUAAUGCUUUCUUUGGAUUGUCUCUGAAGACUUCAAGGGUGCAAAUCAUUGGAGAAAACUAUCAGUGUGUGAGAAGCUUCCUGUUUUGGGGGAGGAGUUUGAAUGUGUAUAUGUUAGUGUGAAAGAAUGGUCAACUUUUAUUUUUGUGGCUUUUCAUAAAUGAUGAGAGGAUGGGGCACGGUGUGUAAGAAGUAAGUUCUGAUACUUUUUUUUUUUUUUUUCCCCUCCUGCAAAUAAGUGUGUAACUACAUUGUUUAGAGCUGACAGGAGAGAAUAUAUUGUCAUGGUAUUGUCUGAGACCCUCUUGAUCUUGUGAGUUUUCAAACCACCACAUAAAAUUAGUAAAGAAUGCCCUGAAUAUUGGUUAUAUUAUUUACAUUUUUAAAUACAUUAAAAAUGUACUUAAUCUAAAUUAAUCUAAAGCCUAAAUACAUUAGAACCUGUUUUUCUUCCUCUUAGAUGUCAGUACUCAGCUGGGAAGCAUUGUGUUGUAGUCUUCCCCGCUGUUGAGUUCAGUCUCUUUUGCCUGCUUGCUCCAGCGCAUGCAGGAAAAUUACUUUCCUUGUAUAGUACCUUGUCAUCACCUUUACAAGCUGUGUUGCUAAGAUCUUUUCUAGCACUUGUUCCAGAUCUUGUGGGCUGUGAUCUGUGUAUCAGAAGGUUCACAUAUUUCUACUGAAGGACUGGACUAACUUCUAGGAUGAUUCUUGGCUCAGUGACAUGAACCUUACAGAAGUAUCUAUUUGAUACUUGGGAUUUUAGGGGAAGAAUAUUUAAGAUCCUAAUGUUCAAUUGUAGGCAGUAUCUGGAAAUACUGCAUAUUUUUAUAUUGUAGCUAUCUACUUGUGGUUCUGCUUGUUAUAACUUGAUUUGUAAGUAAACAUUUUUAUUUCUUUUAUACUGCAGAAACAGCAAGAUUUGAGGAGUUUUGAGUGAAUAAAUACAAAUUAAUCUGUU